ACACGCGCCAUUCGAUUGUGGAAAAUGCCACCAGAUGGCGGUUUAGGAUUGCUGCUCUUCUGAAAGGCGCGGUUCCUUCUCCUGGUCCAAUUUUCAAUUAAAAAAUCCAUAUUUAGCAAAACUUUUAUCGAAUUCCGAAUAGCGGGAACGCCGACCUUUACGACCAUGAGCACCCCAGGCUCAGAGUUGCAGUGUUAAUACGGUCAUCAGCACCUGAAGCACACUGAAAGAGCUCAUCUCAGCAGAGCAACACACGCCAGACCUGUAACACACCAGACCUGCCCCUCCAUCAUCAUGAUCACCUCAGAACUGCCAAUGCUACAGGACUCCGGUGAGUCGGGUCAGGACACAGUGAGUCUCAGUAUGAGCAUGAGUGAGCUGGACGACCCUGGAGAUGGAAAGGCCAAGAAGAAGAGAGGGAGGCCUGCCAGACCACCUGCUCCCAACAAGAAGCCUCGGAAGUCACCAUCAGAAAAGGGCUUAAUGGGAGCCCCACGGGGGCGGAAGGCCAAUGGAAUGGCUCCGCAGAAUGGAGAGGGGGAUCCCGGUACUCUGUUUGAAGUGGUCAAACAGGGAAAGAGCGCUAUGCAGUCAGUCGUUGAUGACUGGAUCGAGUCGUACAAGCAGGACAGAGAUAUAGCACUUUUGGACCUCAUCAACUUCUUCAUCCAGUGCUCUGGUUGUAAAGGCACUGUCAGAAUCGAAAUGUUUCGCAACAUGCAGAAUGCCGAAAUCAUCCGCAAAAUGACAGAAGAGUUUGACGAGGACAGUGGCGAUUACCCUUUGACCAUUUCUGGCCCUUUGUGGAAGAAGUUUCGCUACAACUUCUGUGAGUUCAUCUGCGUCCUGAUCCGUCAGUGCCAGUACAGCAUCAUCUACGACGAGUACAUGAUGGACACGGUCAUUUCUUUGCUCACGGGUCUGUCAGACUCACAGGUCCGAGCCUUUAGACACACAAGCACUCUGGCAGCCAUGAAGCUCAUGACAGCUCUGGUGAACGUGGCUCUGAACCUGAGCAUUAACCAGGACAACACACAGAGACAGUACGAAGCUGAACGCAACAAAAUGGCGGGAAAGAGAGCCACCGAGAAGCUUGAACUCCUACUCCAUAAGAGGAAAGAGCUUCAAGAAAACCAAGAUGAAAUCGAAAACAUGAUGAACUCGAUCUUCAAGGGAAUCUUUGUUCAUCGUUAUAGAGAUGCAAUUGCUGAAAUCAGAGCGAUUUGUAUAGAGGAGAUCGGUGUGUGGAUGAAAAUGUACAGCGAUGCCUUCCUGAAUGACAGCUACCUGAAGUACGUGGGCUGGACGUUACACGACCGGCAAGGUGAAGUACGCUUGAAGUGUUUGAAAGCCUUACAAAACCUCUACACAAACCGUGAACUGUUUCCUAAACUCGAGCUCUUCACAAACCGCUUCAAGGAUCGUAUCGUGUCUAUGACGCUGGAUAAAGAGUAUGAUGUGGCUGUGGAAGCCAUUAGACUGGUCACACUUAUCCUUCAGGGUAGCGAGGACGCGCUGUCCAAUGAAGACUGUGAGAAUGUCUAUCAUCUGGUGUACUCCGCUCACAGGCCUGUGGCAGUGGCUGCUGGGGAUUUUCUACAUCGAAAGUUGUUCAGCAGACAUGAUCCUCAGGCGGAGGAGGCUCUGGCUAAACGCAGGGGCAGGAGCAGCCCAAACGGAAACCUCAUUCGCAUGCUAGUGCUCUUCUUUCUGGAGAGUGAGCUGCAUGAACAUGCUGCCUAUCUAGUGGACAGUUUGUGGGAGAGCUCUCAGGAGCUGUUGAAGGACUGGGAGUGCAUGACCGAACUGCUGCUGGAGGAGCCAGUGCAGGGCGAGGAGGUGUUGUCAGACAGGCAGGAGGGUUCUCUGAUCGAGCUGACUGUCUGUACUAUUCGUCAGGCUGCUGAGGCCCAUCCUCCUGUCGGGAGAGGGACUGGGAAAAGGGUCUUGACUGCGAAGGAAAGGAAGAUGCAGAUUGAUGACAAAAACAAAUUAACGGAGCACUUCAUCAUGGCUUUUCCCAUGUUACUCUCAAAAUACCAGACAGAUGCAGAGAAAGUAGCCAACCUCCUACAGAUCCCGCAAUACUUUGACCUGGAUGUGUACAGUGCUGGGAGAAUGGAGAAGCACUUGGACGCAUUGCUCAAGCAGAUCAAGUUUGUGGUGGAGAAGCACACGGAUACGGAGGUGCUGGAGGCCUGCAGUAAGACCUACAGCAUCCUGUGCAGUGAGGAGUACACCAUCAUGAACCGCGUUGACAUCGCCCACAGUCAGCUCAUCGAUGAACUAACCGACCGCUUCAACCACUCGGUGGAGGAGCUGCUGCAGGCGGGGGAAGAGGCGGAUGACGACGACAUCUACAACGUUCUCUCCACUCUUAAGAGACUCACAGCCUUUCACAAUGCUCAUGACUUGACCAGAUGGGAUUUGUUUGGGAACUGCUACAGGUUGCUAAGGACGGGAAUAGAGCAGGGCUCUAUGCCAGAGCAGAUAGCAGUGCAGGCUCUUCAGUGUUCUCAUUACUCUAUGCUGUGGCAGCUGGUGAAAAUCACAGAGGGAUCUCCAUCCAAGGAUGAUCUUCUAGCAUUACGGAGGGUUGUUAAAUCUUUUCUAGCUGUGUGCCAGCAGUGCUUAUCAAAUGUUAACACACCGGUUAAAGAGCAGGCAUUCAUGCUGUUAUGCGACCUACUGAUGAUCUUCAGUCACCAGCUCACCACAGGGGCCAGAGAGGGUCUGCAACCUCUGGUCUUCAAUCCAGACAGCACCCUACAGAACGAGCUGCUCAACUUCAUCCUAGACCAUGUGUUUAUUGACCAGGAUGAUGAGAAUCAGAGCAUAGAGGGUGACGAGGAGGAUGAAGCUAACAAGAUUGAGGCCUUACACAAGAGGAGGAACCUUCUAGCUGCCUUCAGCAAGCUGAUCAUUUAUGAUAUAGUAGACAUGCCAGCUGCUGCAGAUAUCUUCAAACACUACAUGAAGUACUACAACGAUUAUGGAGACAUCAUCAAGGAGACUCUAAGUAAGACCAGACAGACGGAUAAAAUACUGUGUGCCAAGACACUCAUCCUGAGCUUACAGCAGCUCUUUAAUGAGCUGAUCCAGGAUCAGGGGCCUAACUUAGACAGGACCUCAUCUCAUGUGAGCGGCAUUAAGGAAUUGGCUCGUCGCUUUGCCCUCACCUUUGGCUUGGACCAGAUCAAAACCAGAGAAGCUGUGGCCACACUGCACAAAGAUGGGAUUGAGUUCGCCUUUAAGUAUCAGAAUCCUAAAGGACCGGAGUAUCCCCCUCCGAAUCUGGCCUUCCUUGAGGUUCUCUGUGAAUUUUCCUCCAAACUACUUCGCCAAGACAAGAAAACAGUGCACUCGUAUCUUGAAAAGUUCAUGACAGAGCAGAUGAUGGAGAGACGGGAGGACAUCUGGCUGCCGCUCAUCUCCUACAGGAACUCUCUGUUGACGGGCGGAGAUGAAGAUCGCAUGUCCAUUACCAGCGGCAGCAGCAGCAAAGCUGGAUCCAUACGAAGCAAGAAGGGCCGUCUGCCCCUGCACAAGAAACGCAUCGAGGAGGAGAGUGUGGAGGGCUCUUGGAUGAUGAGGAAUGACACCCUACAGACCCCUGGAGCCCUGCAGACACCCCAGCUCACCUCCACCGUGCUCCGAGAGAACCCUCGGCAAGCUGCUGAGCUCCUCCCUGACCAGGACUCUGAGCCCGGGUCUGAAUCCGACUAUAUUCAUAAUCCUCAGAUGCAGAUGUCCUGGCUUGGCCAGCAGAAGAUGGAGGAGGUCAACAGGAAGGAACGCACAGCCAUGAACUACAUGAAGGCCCGUAGCGGAGGAGUACGACAGACUGUACGUGGUCUCAUGGAGGACGACGCAGAGCCCAUCUUUGAGGAUGUCAUGAUGUCGUCUCGAGGACAGCUGGAAGACAUGAGUGAGGAAUUUGAGGACACCAUGGUCAUUGAUCUGCCUCCAUCCAGGAACAGGCGGGAGAGAGCCGAGCUGAGACCGGACUUCUUUGACUCAGCAGCCAUGAUUGAGGACGAGUCGGGUUUCACGAUGCCCAUGUUCUGAGAUGCCACAACAGCUGGAAAAAGAGCUUCUGAAUUGAUUAAAGCAAGGGCUGAAGAGAUGUUCACAAAGGAGCGGAAGCUCUGGUGAUAAGGCUGAGUAAUUCUGGAGCGAACUCUCCACAAACCCUCUUUUAUCAGAUGCCACAGAGAAGCUUUUAUUCAUCCACAGAUUAUUUUAACAGUCCAAUCAGGUCACAUAUGGUGAAUUGUUCUGUCAAACAGGUUCUUCAUCAGCUCAUCUGAAUCGCACUGGAUGGGAUUUAAAUCAUGUUACAGAUCUAUCAUGUAAGAAUGUACGGUCCCAUAUGUUCAAGAUGUACAUAUUUGUGUUUAUCCAUCCUACUAUGUAGAUGCCCUGUACAGUUAGAUUAUGAAGUCGCUUUUAAUAUCAGGUCAACGAACAGAUUCUUCCACCAAAAAAAAGUAGUUUUAAACAUUGGUCAAUCUUCAAUCGGUCUAAUUUACAUAUAAAUAA